AUGAACACAGAUGUUCAAAGCUCGGAGUUCAGCCGUCUCUGUUUUGAGCUCGAACAAGCGAAUCAGGAGAAAAUCCAAAGUGCCAGGCUGGGAUUGCUUCUCUUGAACGAAAACACGGAACUCACGCGACGUUGUGAGGAGCUCGAAGCAUCAUAUGACGAAGCGAGGACUGAACUGUCGAUUUUGAGAGAGGCUUUGAGGAAAGCUCACACCCAUCAGAGGAUUUCAGUUUCGACAGGCAUAGAGCAGGAGGUUUCGCUUCUGCAGGAGUCGGCUGAGAGAGAGGCUUCGCUGGGCUUCAGUCUUCAGAACUUAGAGAGAGACCUCGUGCAUGCCAGGCAGGAGUUGCGGAGAGUCACGGCGGAGAGAGACCGGAUGAUUGCGGGAACUUCGAAACUGAGAGACUCCAAAGAAACUCUCGGAUCAGCGAACAAAGGUCUUCGCUGCGAGCUCAGAGACCUCAAGAUUAAACAGGAACAGCUGAUAAACGAGAAUAACGAGCUGGAGAAGGAGAACAUCGCACUCCAGCAGCAAGUUUCGAAACUCAGACAGAGCCAAUCGAAGUCCGAUGCCUUGGAAUACGAAGCCAGACGGCUCGCUGAGGAAGUCGAAUCACUGAACCGCCAACUUGUAGAAAUCACGGAUGAGAAGGAUUCUUACGAGAAGCGCAUGUUAGCAGCUCUGGAGCUACUACAGGCCGAGAGAGAAGAGGAGUUCUCUCUCCAGGGAUCAUUGGAGCAAGAAAAUGAGGCUGCUGCACUUCGGGCUGAGCUUGACAGAGAGGCGACGGUGGCCCCGCUCCGAAUCUCGACAGCGGGCGACCUCUUUGACGAGUUUCAUCAAACGAUCCGGAGCCUCGAGGAGCAGCUUACAGCGGCGAAGCUCGAAAAUGAAUCGCUCUCCAAGGCGCUUGAGGAGUGCGAGCGUCAGCUUGAACAGAGUCGCUCUGCGCUCGGAAUUGCGAACAAUACAUUCAAUCAGCUUGGCAAGCGCGUCGGAUCUAUGAUGUUGCAAGCAGAGAAAGUGGGUUUGGACCACGUAACUUCACUGCAAAGAAUCGGAUGGAAAAAAAUGCUGCGACUCGAUAGGUUGAUUUGA